UUGCUUUUAGUUCUCAGAAAAUCGCUGAGAUUCUAUUGCUUUUGAGCUCCGAUCCCUUUUAGGUUGCUGUUAUACGAAUCGAUCAUUCAGUUUACUAUCCUAACUGUGUCCAAUGCUUUUGAUUUGGAUGAAUCUCUCUACCCAAUCAGAGAUCUACUGAUUAUGUUAAUUAUGUGAAUGUAAGAAUUCUGAAAUCAGAGGCUUAAAAAGAAAAAUCUUGAUCUGAGAAAUCAAGUUUUGAUGCGCCAUACGUGCUGGAUUGUAUGUUUUGUUACUGAAUUAUUGUAUGUAAUGUAUAUUUUGAUAUGUUUUUGGGCAGUAUUGUUAUAAACCUUAAUAUUAUUUCAGAAAACAUGGCAUCAGCAUCGAACAGGGGUCAAGGUGGAAUUCAACAAUUGCUUGCUGCAGAGCAGGAAGCUCAGCAUAUCGUCAAUGCUGCCAGAAAUGCAAAACUCGCUAGGCUGAAACAAGCCAAAGACGAGGCAGAAAAGGAGAUCGCUGAUUACCGUGCCCAAGUGGAGCGUGAAUUCCAGAAGAAACUUGCAGCGAGCAGUGGAGAUUCUGGGGCCAAUGUGAAGCGCCUUGAAGUGGAAACUGCGGAAAAGAUCAAUCACCUGUCAACAGAGGGCUCAAGGAUAUCAGGUGAUGUUGUCAAGAUGCUUCUGAAGCAAGUCACAACAGUGAAAAACUAAUUCCAUAGAUGGUACAGUAGUAAUUUUAAGCUCCCUCAAGUAUUGUAUUCUUUUGCUUGCCUGAUUCAUCCUGGUAUGAUUCCUUCUAGUAUGCAGACUUGUAUCUAUCCUGGUAUUCACUAUUUGAUAUGUUGUGGGAUAUUUUUUCGAGCAACUGCUUUAAUUAUGUAUCCUGUUAAAAAAGAAUAAUGUUGCAAACAUUGUUACGCCAUUUCGGUUGAACUUUGUACCAGUUUCAUCUUUUUCAGUUGGAUUAAGGGUUUAUCUGGUACAAUUC